ACCACGCACACGCACACAGAAGCAAUACAAGUUCAUAUAUGUCGUUUGCACAUUUGCCAACAUAGUUCACAGAUUAGAAUUAAAUAAAAGAAUCCUGGAAAUUAUGAUAACUAUUUGUUAUAUUAACUAACUGGUACAUUUUGAGUGAUAAAGUAAACAACAUGAAUAGCCUGACGUUCAUAUUACUGGUGCAAAUCACUUUUUGCCUAUUGGGUUUUGCAUGUGCGGGCCGAGACUUUUACAAAAUUCUGAAUGUGCGCAAGUCGGCAUCAACCAAUGAGAUCAAGAAAGCAUAUAGAAAGUUGGCAAAAGAACUGCAUCCAGACAAAAAUAAAGAUGAUCCUUCAUCAUCAGAAAAGUUUCAAGAUUUGGGUGCUGCUUAUGAAGUGCUUUCCGACCCAGAUAAGCGAAAAACGUACGAUAGGUGUGGCGAAGAAUGUUUGAAGAAGGAUGGUAUGAUGGAUCAUGGCGCUGAUCCUUUCGCCAGCUUUUUCGGCGAUUUCGGCUUUCACUUUGGAAAUGGUGAUCCACAAGAACAUCAAACGGCUCGCGGAGCGAAUAUUGUUAUGAAUCUUUAUGUCACUUUGGAAGAAUUAUAUUCAGGCAACUUUGUAGAAAUCGUCCGAAACAAGCCGGUAUUGAAACCGGCUUCAGGAACACGCAAAUGCAACUGCCGGCAAGAGAUGGUGACACGCAAUCUGGGACCUGGUCGUUUCCAAAUGAUACAACAAACGGUCUGUGAUGAAUGUCCGAACGUUAAACUUGUCAACGAGGAACGUACAUUAGAAUUUGAAGUUGAAGCCGGUAUGGUAGAUGGGCAAGAAACGAAGUUUGUUGCUGAAGGCGAACCCCAUUUGGAUGGGGAGCCAGGUGAUCUCAUAAUUAAGGUGCUACAAACACCCCAUGAUCGUUUCCAGCGCAAAGGAGAUGAUUUGUAUACAAACGUUACAAUAAGCUUACAAGACGCUCUUAUUGGUUUCACAAUGAAUAUUACGCAUUUAGAUGGGCACCAAGUUAGUAUUACACGUGAAAAAAUAACAUCGCCCGGAGCACGGAUACGUAAGAAGGGCGAGGGCAUGUCAAAUUACGAGAACAACAAUUUGCAAGGCAACUUGUAUAUAACAUUCGAUGUGGAGUUCCCGAAGAAGGACUUAGAUGACUCAGAAAAGGAAGAACUCAAAAAAAUACUUGGCCAAGCAUCCAUAAAUCGGAUUUACAAUGGACUGUGAAAAUGUUUCAAUGGCUGUCAACACGUAUCAAUAGCAUGUUAUACCUAAGUUUUAGUUUAUUGUACAAAUACUUGUCUAAAAUUGUUUUAGCCAUUAAAUUUAUAUUUAAAUUGUAACAUAUUUUUUUGAAAUUUAUAUUUAAGUUAUUUUUUUUUUGCUCCGGGUCAGUAGUUUCAAUUUAAAGAAUUGUAAACUAAAUUCUAAGUUCUUACGAAAUACCAAAUGAUGCUAGUAGCGUAAAAGAAACUCAAAAUACUCUGAAGUUGUUCCUUUAAUAAAUUGGAAUUGGAGGGAUACUCAAAAUCCAUGUGAGGUUAUAAAAUGUGUAAAAUAAAUAACACAUUAGUUGGUUUUAAA